AUGCUGCGUGAGCUCCGGUUCCUCUACCUGAAUGGAAACUUCUUGCGGCGAAUACCUCAGGCCGUGAGUGAUCUGCCAAAGUUGCAGGAGAUUUGUUUCGAUGCCAACUGCCUCGAAGAGCUACCGCACUUCACGGCCCAGCUGCGCCUCUUCACGGCGCCGGGGAAUCACCUCACAGAGGUGGCCUUCUGGCCCCAGCUGGAACGGCUGGAAGUGCACGGGAACCGCCUUCAGCGCUUGCUGCCCCUGAGCUGGCAUUCUACAUCGCAGCUCGUGACGCUCAAAGUCAUGGGGAACCAGCUGACCGAGCUGCCAGAAGAGGUGGGCCACAUGCCGGUCUUGCGGAUCUUGGGGGUCGCCAGCAACCGUCUGCGGUCAUUGCCCCACGCCCUCGCAGAGAGCCGAGAAUUGGAGUGGCUGUUGGCCUAUGAGAAUCAGCUGGAAGAGCUUCCACCCUUCGGGCCUCGGAACUGGCGCCUCACGCGGCUGCUGUUGGAGUCCAACCCCUUGCGCCCAGUGGCGGUGCAAAGCUUGGUGUCCGACCUCAGCAGGAGCUACAUCAAAACACUGGGCCUUGACAGCAACCAAGUAGCAGUGCCAGAGCUUCCAGAUCCCUUGCCAGCGGCCGUGUCCGUGGGAACUGUGAUUCCCAUCAGUGGCCAAAGCCAAUUGAGCUUGAAGCUCACCAAAGCAUCCCGCUUGAGAAGGAGUACCGACCGUGCGGAGAGUGACCACCCCGAGCUGCUGAUCGUGGCCUUUGCGGCAUCGCAGGGCGAGCCGGAGUGGUUGGGAUUCCUACGGCGGCUAUAUGAAGUUGGGGAGGUGAAGCCUUGUUGCCACAGAUCCUCCCUGGACUUCGCGGAGGAGGCCGACUUCGACGCUCGGAUGGCCAGGCUUUGGACUCAUUGCACUCAGGAGGCUUCGACCGAAGCACCGCCGGAGGAGACACCGGCCCUUCCGCUGGGCGACUUCGAUGUGCUCACGGUGGUGGACCAUCGCAUGCGUUGGUACGCCGAGGAUCGUGGCGCUUUGCAACAGGUUUUGAAGACUUUGCGACCCAAGUACCAGAAGAUGAUGUGCGUGGGUGCCUCUAUGGGGGGCUUCGGUGCCCUGCUGCACGGUGGUUUGGUGGCGGAUGCCGUGGUGGCGUUCAACCCCCAGGCCACCUUAACGGAGGCGUUGCUGCGGCCUCCGGCGGAGACGCCGCAAGAGCUGGAGGACCUCUCCAACGCGGUCAUGGAGUCCGUCCGCGUGGCCCUCGCGCGGAAGGCACAGAUGAUUGUGCAUUGUGCCGCGGAUGAACAUUUGAUGCACGCCCUGGCCUUGCCGAAAGGCGUUGCGCUGGUGGUGCACCCCUUGCAGCCCAGGAAGCCCUUCGCGCGCGUGUUGGAUCGAGCGCAACUCUUGAUUCCCAUUGUGUCGGAUGCGCUGUACCGACUAUAUGGUGUUGGGAGCUACUCACAGGAGUCUCCCUUGCUUGGAUGCUGGUGCAGGAGCGGCUGCUUACGUUGCGUGCCCAUUGAGCCUGGUCGGCUGUUGCGGCUCUUUUUCGGUGCCAGCGGAAUGAUCCCCAGACCAGGCGACUGGUUCUGCGGAGGCUGCAAGGCGCGCAGCUGUCGCGAUCGAUAUUAUUGCUGGCGUUGCCAAAAGCCCAUCACGGAGCAAGGCACCUUGAAGGUGUUGGAUAAUAGCAACUAUCCCAGUCGCUGGGACUGGGGCUGCACCCACUGCGGCGCA